AUGGCUGUCCUCGUCACGCGACGGAAAAAGAAUCCGUCGCGUGACGAGGACAGCCAUGACAAUUUGUGGAAAGUUUUAGAUCCAGGAGAUUGGAUUGUGAGACUGAAGGGGCUGGUGUUGCUCUACAAAGUCGCGCCCAGUUGCAGUAUCGAUGGCCAGAACAAGGGCAAUCGGAUUGAUGCGACUCAUUUGCACGCAGUAUGUGCUAAACAGCUUCGUCAAAAAGAGUUAACAUUACGUGAAGACGACCAAAUUGAACGUGCACACAAGUUGAUGGUGGAUGACAUUAGCGAACUUAGCAUGGCGCGGAAAGAAUUGUAG